AUGCUUUAUAAACUGAUGGAUACUAGUAAAAAGUUAAAAUUGAAAUUAUUAUACUUGGUUGUUGUCUGCGCGUUCCUCCUAACAAUCCAUGAACAUUUCAACAAAAAUUGCAUCAUUCGUCCAGCCACACCUCCAAGAGGUUUCGUAACUUCGACACCAAAUUUUUCAACUCAAGCACAACUUCUGUCCUUUCAAAUAUUUUCAUCAUCUCUGUACGGCAAUCAAACACAAUCGUCAUCUCUUUAUGUUCUACCGUCUUCUUCAUAUGAAGAUCCAUUCGAAUAUGAUGAUGAACCAGAUUUCAGAGUUAUAGUUUUAACAUACAAACGAUUUGAAUCGUUGAAACUCCUUUUAAGCACUUUACAAGAUUUAGAGAUGGAUGGAGACUCGUUGCAUGUCGAUAUCUGGAUAGAUAGAGAUGAAAAGAAAAACACAGUUGACAAUAAAACAUUACAAGUUAGUAAAAGUUUUGCUUCAUCUAACAACUACACAUCGGUUCAUGUCCAGGAAAAGCAUGCCGGAUUAUACAAACAGUGGCUACUCACCUACAAGCCAAAACGUGAUGACGAAAUAGUCCUGUUUGUUGAAGACGACCAAGAGCUCUCCAAAUAUGGUUAUCGAUGGUUAAAAGCCGUUCAUGCCAAGUAUUCAUUUUACGAAGAUUACUUGGGAUGUACGCUUCGAUUGUUAUCACCCGUACACCCGAUGAAAAUUAAGUUGGCAGGGAACGAAUCAGUCUUCAUGCACAGAGUAUUCUCCACACAUGCCUUCAGUCCAAAACCAGCAAAAUGGAGGCAAUUUCAAAACUGGUUCGCUUCUCAUUGGAAAAGAAAUGGCUUCAAACCAUACGUCCCCGGAAUCAGGCCAACAUCGUGGUAUAAAUCAUUUGAAAAAAAGAACACAACACACCACAUGUGGUCCAUGUGGAUGUUGUACUUUUCUUAUGUUGAACAACUAUUUACGGUCUACAGCAAUCCUGACAUUUUUGUUAUCAAAGCUUCAACAAAUUUUUCUUACACCACCCCAUCACACGUUAACAAAAGUGUGAAACUGAAUGCUACGAGUAAAAAUCUGCAAAUUAAGAAAAAGCACAAAUGUUUGAAUAAUGACAGGCAAGAAAAAGGUUUGCAUUUCUCAGCUUCUAAACAGAAUAACAAGUUAAAAAACGCUCAAGACGUUAAAAGAAAUUGUAUAUUGUUGGAUUUUUGGGAUGAAAAAUUUGUUUUAUUUUCUAAUAAUAUAACGAAAAUUGAUUGGGACGGUGGACAAGUAUUUCCAUAA